AUAUUCAGUCAAGAACAUUCCGAUACCAUCCAUUAAAGACUUCAAAAUGCAAUUAUUGGAUAAAACUGAAACUUUAAUCAAAAGAAUGCGAUGGAAAGCGUUUUUCUUUUUAAACAAGAGUUCAAAUAGUAAGAACAAUUUUUAUUAUAACUACGGAUUAAAAACAUCUAAUCAUCCAAAACAAAUUACAGAAAUGCUAGCUUUUGAGAACGAACUCAUUGAUCUUGUAAAACACAUUAAGUUUCGAAAGGUACAAAGCAAUUUUCAAAAUAAACUAAAACAAGAUAUAAACAUUAUUCGAAAAUCUAAUCAAACUUAUACGUAUGCUGAUAAAACAUCUAAUCUUUACAAAUUAUCUAAAAAUGAUUACAACCACUUGUUAAGAAAUGCCAUCACUUCAAAUUACAAAUUAUCUAACUCAAAUGUAAUAAAUAAAGUAAACAUAGAAGGUAAACGUCUUUUGAAAAAUCAUGAAGUUUUCGAUAAAAUUGAUAUUAAUACAGCUUCCAAUUGUUUUAUCACCUUAAAAGACCAUAAAGAUAACUUUGAAAACAAUCCGACUGUCCGUUUAUUAAAUCCUGCUAAAAAUGAGGUUGGAAGAAUUACCAAGGAUAUUCUUUCUAAAAUUAAUGCAGACCUAAGAAGUAUAUUACAAUUAAACCAAUGGAAAAACACUCGAAAUGUUAUCGAUUGGUUUAAAGCCAUAAAAGACAAACACCUUUAUAAAUUUUUAAUUUUUGAUAUCAUUGACUUCUACCCUUCUAUUAGUGAAACACUUCUAAAAAACUCUAUCAAAUUUGCAGAGCAACACUUAACACUAAAUAAAGAGAAUAUAUCGUUAAUUUUUCAUGCAAGAAAGUCUUUGCUUUUCAAUAAUAAUCAGGUUUGGAUAAAGCAAUCAAGUGGUUUAUUUGAUGUUUCCAUAGGAGCUUUUGACGGCGCGGAGGUUUGUGAGCUUGUAGGAAUAUUUCUUCUUUUCGAAAUUUCAAAAUUUUAUAACAAGUUUGAGGUUGGUUUAUACCGUGAUGAUGGAUUAGCAGUUUUUAGGAAUAAAAGCGGCCCUCAAAUGGAAAAAAUAAAAAAGCAUCUUUCCGAAAUAUUUAAAUACAAUGGCUUACGGAUUUCUAUACAAUGCAACAUGAAAAUUGUCAACUACCUCGACGUCACUCUAAAUCUUAGUGAGUGCACCUUUAAACCUUAUCUCAAACCUGAUAAUACAUUAAAUUAUAUCCAUGCUGAUUCAAAUCACCCUCCAAGUAUACUAAAACAAAUACCACAUUCGGUUGAACUUAGAUUAUCUACAAAUUCUUCUACCAAAGAAAUAUUUCAACAGGCUGUUCCUCUAUAUAAUGAGGUUUUAUUAAAGUCUGGUUUUAAAUGUAAUCUAACAUAUAAUCUUAAAGCAAUAUCAACUAAAAAACGGAACAGAGCACGCAACAUCAUUUGGUUUAAUCCUCCAUUUAGCAAAAAUGUUAGCACCAACUUUAUAAAUGAAUCUAUUGUUAGUCCUGCCAAGAACGAUUUCAAUAUUUCAAAUACAGAUAAAGCAACUAAAUAUUCAGCAGACGAAGCACUGACUUUGUUAAUUGAUGUCAGUCUGACAAAAGCUUCCUAUCAAUUGGUUAGAAACGGAGCCUUGGCGAAAGAAUAUAACCUCUUCCCCGCUUACAAUGAUAUCAGAGAUGCAAAUUUAAAAUGUUAUCCUUCAAAUAUAACAAUGGAGGGCUAUUCAACUUCAGUUCCUUCAAAAGAUUUAUUGAUUCAUACUUGCAAAGAAUCUGUGCAGUUCAGUAAUCUAUGUUGA